AUGUCUAUUCCAAUCUUCCACUCUUCUGGUGCUGCAUUACCAAAGGCCUUAACUGAAAAAUGUCCAGCUGUUAUUGCCGGUUUCGAAAAAGUCUACAAGUCCAAGCCAGAUUUCGUCUCUAGAUCUCCAGGUAGAGUCAACUUGAUUGGUGAACAUAUCGAUUAUGCUGAUUUCUCUGUCUUGCCAAUGGCUAUCGAUGUUGAUAUGUUGAUUGCUGUUAAGGUUUUGGAUGACAAGAAAAACCCAUCCAUCACUUUAGCCAAUGCGGAUGAAAGAUUCGCCCAAAGAAAAUUCGAUUUACCAUUAGACGGCUCCUUUGUUACCAUCGAUGCCUCCAUCUCUGACUGGUCCAACUACUUCAAGUGUGGUUUACACGUUGCUCAUGAAUUCUUAAAGGAAAUCGAACCAACCAAAUUCGGUAAGGCUCCAUUAGCUGGUUUGGAAGUUUACUGUCAAGGUAAUGUCCCAACUGGUUCUGGUUUAUCCUCCUCUGCUGCCUUCAUCUGUGCCACUGCUUUGGCCAUUGUUAGAUCCAACAUGCCAACCUCUUACAAGAUGACCAAACAAGAUUUAAUGAGAAUCACUGUUGUUGCUGAACAUUACGUCGGUGUUAACAACGGUGGUAUGGAUCAAGCUGCUUCUGUUUGUGGUCAAGAUGAUCAUGCCUUAUACGUUGAAUUCAAGCCUGAAUUAAAGGCCACUGCUUUCAAAUUCCCAGCUUUGAAAAGCACUGCUGUUGAAUUCGUCAUUGCCAACACUUUGAAGGUCUCUAACAAGGUCGAAACUGCCCCAACUAACUAUAACUUGAGAGUCGUUGAAGUCACUGUUGCUGCUGAAGUCUUGGCUGCCAAAUACGGCGUCUCUUUGAAGAAAUCCGGUACUUUAGGUAAAGGUAACUUGAGAGAUUUCAUGAACGCUUACUACGCUAAAUACCACAACGUUCCAAAGCCAUGGGAUGGUGAUGUUACCACCGGUAUUGAAAGAUUGAACAAGAUGUUAGAAUUGGUUCAAGAAACUUUCGGUUCUCACAAAUCCGGUUACACUGUUGAUGAAGCUUCUGCUGCUUUGAACACCUCUAAAGAAGAAUUCACCAAGGACUACUUGACCACUUUCCCAGUCAGAUUCCAAGUCUUGAAAUUAUACCAAAGAGCCAAGCACGUUUACUCUGAAUCCUUGAGAGUCUUGGACGCUUUGAAGAUCAUGACUUCUGGUCAAAAAUUCGCCAGCGACGAAGAAUUCUUCAAGUUAUUCGGUGGUUUGAUGAACCAAUCCCAAGAAUCCUGUGACAAAUUAUACGAAUGUUCUUGUGAAGAAACUGACAAGAUCUGCGAAAUCGCUUUGGCUAACGGUUCCUACGGUUCCAGAUUGACUGGUGCCGGUUGGGGUGGUUGUACCGUCCAUUUGGUUCCAACUGAAAACGUCGAAAGUGUCAAGAAGGCUUUGAUCGAACAAUUCUACAAGAAGCAAUACCCAACCAUCACAGACACUGAAUUGAAGGAAGCCAUCUUGGUCUCCAAGCCAACCAUCGGUUCUUGCUUAUACGAAUUGGCUUAA